UGCACAAGUGUCUCCCACUCCCAUCUGACCUUGCUGUUCUGUGGCCUCUGCUUUCCACUCUACUCUUGCCCCUGGCCAUUUCUGUGUUGGAAUGUCAUUCUGAGGGCUUCCAUGCUAGCUUUGCUGCUGCCCCAGGGGUUCCCUAACAUCUCACUGGGUUCAAGCCAUUCUCCCCUUCCUGUUCAGCGUGGGUGCGAAUGGGCUGCUAGGCUGAUCUUCACCUUCCUGGCUUCCGAGCAGCAACAAAGGAACAAGGUUUAAACAGGAUUAGACUGACACCAGGAUUUGAAUCAGCUGCCUGGUCAGGAUGAGCUGGAGUUUCCUGACGCGGCUCCUGGAGGAGAUCAACAACCACUCGACCUUCGUGGGCAAGAUCUGGCUGACUGUCCUCAUUGUCUUCCGCAUCGUGCUGACGGCCGUGGGGGGGGAGUCCAUCUACUACGACGAGCAGAGCAAGUUUGUGUGCAACACGCAGCAGCCGGGCUGUGAGAACGUCUGCUACGACGCCUUUGCGCCCCUGUCCCACGUCCGCUUCUGGAUCUUCCAGAUCAUCAUGGUGGCGACGCCGUCGGUGCUGUACCUGGGCUUUGCCAUGCACCGCAUCGCUCGCAUGCCCGAGUCCUCGCGGCGCCGGGCGCCGGCAGCCCGGGGGGCGCGCAUGCCGGUGGUGCGCCGGGGAGCCGGGCGAGACUACGAGGAGGCAGAGGAUGACAACGAAGAAGACCCCAUGAUCUUUGAGGAGAUCGAGGUGGAGAAGGAGAAGAGCCCAGAGGGCGGAGAGAAGCACGAUGGCCGGCGCCGCAUCAAGCAGGACGGGCUGAUGCGGGCCUAUGUGCUGCACUUGCUGUGCCGCUCGGUGCUGGAGAUGGUUUUCCUCUUCGGGCAGUACCUGCUGUACCGCUUCGAGGUGAGCCCCUCCUACGUCUGCAGCCGCAGCCCCUGCCCGCACACUGUCGACUGCUUUGUGUCCCGCCCCACUGAGAAGACCAUCUUCCUCCUCAUCAUGUAUGCCGUCAGCGGGCUCUGCCUCUUCCUCAACCUCUGCGAGCUCUUGCACCUUGGUGUGGGGCGCAUCCGUGAUGCCCUGAGCCAGGCUGACGGCCCCCCGCUCCCGUCUGGCGACAGCCCUGCACCACAGUACCCCAAGAAAGCCCCCAGCGCCCCCCCCACCUAUCACUCGCUGAAGAAGGAGCUGCCCCAGGCCCCACUGACCAACGGCAAGCUGGACUACCGGGAGAGCCUGGCCCAGGGGCGCUUCGCCCUGGCUGGAGCUCCGCCGGUGCACGAGCUGGACCGGCUGCGUGAGCACCUGCGCCUGGCCCAGGAGCACCUGGAGGUGGCCUUCCACCUGCAGCCCCCGCUGCGGCCCCCCAGCCCCGCCCGCAGCAGCAGCCCCGAGGCCAACGGCAUCGCCGCCGAGCAGAACCGCCUCAACCUCGCCCACGAGAAGGGGACCGCCGCCUGCGACAGGACCACAGGGCUGUGAGUGCUGCCAGGGACAACAGCGGUGUCUGCUGGAGUGGCUGCCACCGCCGCCGUGGGAUAGGCGUCCUGCCAGGAGCACAGGGCCAAGGAUGCCGCGCACCUGCCCAGCGGGGCAGUCUGGGCAGCACUGUCUCAGUGGGCAGUGGAGGGAUCAGGGGCUCUUGGGUUCAUUCCUACUUAAUUUUCAGAAAAGGGAAUAUCUUAUUUUUAUACGUUUUUAUAAAUUCAUCAACAUGUGCACCCUGGCAUUUUAUACUCCAUCCCAAUCUCCACUCUGGGCCUGUGUCCUUUCCCCCCCCUCCCCCAUCUCCUGUUUCACCCACUUUUCCUCUUCCCACACCCACUUUCCCCAGCAUGUUGUCCUCACCCCUCCCUGUGCCCCCAAUGCCCUCUGCCACCACGGCAGCACCAGCUGGUGCUGUGCAUGUGCUGGUGAUUUUGGUACUGCCCUCUGAGGUGUGGGGGGCUUAGGGGAGCAGACUGGGAGUCUGGCUGGCCAGGCCAAGCUGUGGGACUAAGUGCUGGGCUAGCGUUACUCUUGGAGGGGGUGAGAGGGGUCCUGGUGGCACUGUGCUGCCAGAAAGUGACUCUGUGACCUGGGGGGCCAUGCUGCACAGCUUCCUGCGUGGGGCUAUGAGUUACAGGGCCGGCCUGCUCGGAAAUGUCUGUGCAGAGGUCAGGGGCUGUCGUUCCCACUGCCUCCGCCCUGUCCUGGCAGACUGCCCUUGGACCAAAACUUGUCUCCUCCCACUCUGGCCGCAGGGCUGGGACCCCCUGCACGGAGCCAGACCCUGGCCUCACAGUGUGGGGACGUGGUGCCCCGAGCUGGGCUCGGCCGGGAGCCAGUGGAGCAUUCCUCAUCAUCUCAGCCUGGGUCACAUGGGGACUUUUGUAGCGUUGUUUUUUACUCGGAAAU